AUGAUUCAAUUAAAGACAAUGAUGAAUUGCAUCGACAACUCGGGGGCUGCUGUGGUCGAAUGUGUAAAGGUCAUGCGAAUGAAACGACACGCAAAGAUUGGCGAUCGUGUUAUUGUGGUCGUACAGAAGCAACGAAACUUCUCGGAGUCUGGACCUGGAGCAAGUGUCUCAACAUCGGCAGCGAACAAGGUCCGGAGAGGAGAUAUCAGGCAUGCGGUUGUGGUCAGGACGGCGAAGAAGCUCCAGCGGCCUGAUGGCAGUGUGGUGAAGUUCGACGACAACGCGUGCGUGUUGAUCAACAAAGCGGGGGAGCCCAUAGGUACCAGAUUGAAUGGUGUCGUAGGUGUGGAAUUGAGGAAAAUGAAGUGGUCAAAGAUCUUGUCGUUGGCACCAAUGCAUUUGUAG